AUGAUGGCAGAAGUGCGACGAACUGUGACUGAAAUGCUGAAGGCGUACUUCACAAAGGGGGAAGAAAGGGAAGCAGCACGACAUUUGGAGUUUGGGAAUGGCAAAUUUGAACAGUCAGAAAGUUCUCAGAACGAUUCUGGGGACCCAAGAAUCUGGAACGGUCACUUGAGCUACCUACCUUCCUUGAACACAAGAAGGCUAGAAGAAGCCCAGGGGGAGCUGCUUGGAACUCCCAGGCCAUUCUUCAGCAAUGAAAUAUCUGGACGUGUGGUAAUUCAACAGUGUGUGAGCGCCUCCAUGAAGGUGCCCGGCGCUGCUGGACAACAGCUGGAAACUAUUGGCCGAGGUAUUGUAGUGUUUGUGUGUCUCCUCUGCAAGGUGUCAGAGAAAUCUGUCAAGAAACUGGUCAAGCACAUAGCCAAUGCAUGACUGAGCCAGGAUGACACUGGCAGAAAAGUAUCUGCGUGUGAUAUACAAGGGCACACGCUCAUUAUACCUCAAUCCAUAUUGGGCGGGUAAAUGAAGAAUAAAGCAAUGCAGUACCACAUGAAUGUUGGCAAGGCGCUCGGGGAAGCUCUCUACCACAAGCUCUGCCAGGGAGUACGAACUGCCAUGGAAGGUGUGUCCAGCGGCAAUGUAAAGUGUGGAGUCUAUGGAGCUCGAGAGAUCUUGAGCAUGGAGAGAAAUGGACCUUAUACCCAUAUAAUAGAAGUGUGA